AUGCCGGACAGCGAUAGAAGGCCAAAUCCGCAGGGUUGGAUUCCACCUAAAGCUCCGUAUAAUCCUUAUGAUCCAACUGAUAUUCGCCCAGCUGAAGGAUACCCGUCCGAAUUUAAGAUUCCCGGACAGGAACCACAAGGUUUCUCAUCCAUACCGAAGACACCAACACAAUACCAAAAGAUAAAUGAAACAAUGAAGAAACUCAACUAUACGCCACGACCUAAAUCAAGUGUUUAUCCCGGGCAAUAUAUGGUCCUACGUAGAAUUGAUACAAAUCAAAGACUCAACACGGGGACUAGAUGGUUCGGUUCUUUCUUGACAGGCUCCAUUGUUGUAUACUUUGCUUUUUUCUACAAGUGGAAUGAUGGACACGAAAAUGUGCUAUCGGACUUCUAUCGUUACCGUCUUCUGAUCAAAGAGAAACUUGUUGGGUUAUCAGAAACUGAGUAUGAUGAUUUAUACUAUCCCAAGAAAGCCAACAUCCAUCUAAGAAACGUGAGGGAUGCAGAAUACAUUCCUGAAAGUAUGAGAUUAACUAAAGAGGGUGAUUUCGCUCUCAAUAGGCCCUCAGAGAAGCAUGUUUUGGAGGCGCAGAGACUUCAGCAAGAGCAAGAAGAAGAGCUCUUGAGACAACUUGACAAACACAGAGAUUAUGCUCAAAAAUUCAUUGGCGAUAAGACUGUGAAGCUGCGAAGUAAAUGGUGGUGGUUUUGA